AGAGAAGGAAGGUCAAAGACAACCUGUUUAUGCUGUAACUUCGCUGAGUCUUCUUAGUUUUUGGCACUAAAGGGUUGCUGUAAAUUCCAAUAUCAUGUCUCAAACAUCUGAUGGUUCAGCAAUAUCAAAUUGCAGGCACUGUCAUGAACCUUUUCCUUCUGUUGAUGCACGUUUUUGCAGCCAGUGUGGAGAGCCAAGAUUUAAAAGAAAACAAUGCCUUUUAUGUCAUCUUUAUGUUCCUGACAGAAAACUGUGUAAAAACUGUUUAGCACCUUUAAAUCCAAAUGACUUUGAUUAUACCCCACUUAAGCGCUGCAGUAAUUCUGAUUGCAAUGCAUUUCUUGUAAAAGAGCUUUUGAAGUGUUACAAAUGUCAAAAAGAACAAGAAAGUAUUCCACCAAGUAUUCUAGAUCUGCAAGCAAUAAGCAGUGAAUUAUGCCCUGGUUCGCCUACAAAUUCACAGCCACAAAGUGGUGAAUUGUUCCCUGAUUCAGCUUCAAAUCCACAACCAAUAAGUGGUGAAUUGUUCCCUGAUUCAGCUUCAAAUCCACAACCAAUAAGUGGUGAAUUGUUCCCUGAUUCAGCUUCAAAUCCACAACCAAUAAGUGGUGAAUUGUUCCCUGAUUCAGCUUCAAAUCCACAAUCAAUAAGUGGUGGGAAAAUGUGUCCUGAUUCACCUUCGAAUUUACAUAUUUAUGAACCUAUAUGCCCUCGUGACAUACCUAACAAUGCUCUUACUGGAAUGGUGGUCAGGCAUAGACCUCAGUCAGGAACAAUUGUUUUUCAUGCAUUGUUACCAACAAAAUUGUGGCAAUGGGAUGGACAAACAAGAGUGUACAUUAAGUUUUCUCAUAAACAAAUUGAUGAUUGGAGUGAGCCAUUAAAAGUGAUUAGAGGUAAUGAUGACAUGAAAGAGCUCACAUAUGAUUUGAAAAUGAAUCAUGGUGUUAAUUAUGAUAACACUCUGUAUAGAUACCAUGUGAACUCAGCUGCCACAAAGGGUACUCAUCAACCUGAGUACAUUACUUGUAAUGUGACAAAAAAUUUACCUGAGAAUACUCAUCGUGUCCUUAAAGUUCGCAGAGGUAAUCAUCAGUAUGAUAUGGCAAUUUUGCCACAAAUUGAAGAAAAGAGAAAUAAUUGGAGAAUGAUUGCAAGCACUGUUAAAGAUUUUGUUUUUAGAGAAGAGGAUAUUACAAGAAAGAGAUGCUUACAUAUUUAUCUUCAAGAUCAGCUCAAAGCUCUUCAUACUGGCAAUAUUCAAGUGUCUGGAAAUGAUCUUGUCAGUAGUGUUAUGGAAGUUUAUGACUGCUUAAGUAAUAUGUGGAUUCAAGAAGAGGGCUCAGACAUCAAGAGCACUACACCAAUUUUGUCAUUUCAAAAUUUGGAAAAGGAAAUAAAGUUACUGUUGUUCUCAAUAGUUGAAUACCAUAUGAAUGAAAAAGCAGUUCAAUAUAAAAAAAUUGUUGUUGUGGCAGCUCUCAUUAUUUGUUGUCUUCAGAAAUUGGAAAUCAAGCAUUCUAAUAUACGUUCAAGGGAUGUCAAUGCAUUAUUGAGUUUGAUUUUUAUAUACCCAGGUAUUGAUUAUGAAAACCAGCGUUGUGAUCAGCUUGAUAUUCUUAAAAAUUUACUUCAUAAUAAUGAUGAACUGAAACAUUUAUUUAUUAAUGGAGUAGAAGCUUGUUGUAAAAGAUUGAUUGAUUCAAAAUCAGCUCCCAUUUAUGUAUCAAAUGUUUUGAGAGUAGCAUUUUUAAUUUAUCUCAUCAUGAACAAGCAGCUACCGACUAUUGAUGUUAAUCAAUUCCCAAAUUAUAUACAGUGGGUUCCACAUGGCCAGAAUCAAGUUUAUUGGUGUAUAUUGAAAGCAAUUGCAAAUAGAAAAUGGGACCCAAACUGUUCAAUACAGGUUUAUCAUGAUUUGGAAUCUUGGCUUACACUUUAUCCUCACUUUUUGCCAAAUUUUAUUUACAGUUGGCCUUCAACUGUGUAUGAGAAGUUAUUCACUGUCAUAAAUCCAUUUUAUUCAAUUUCAAGAGCUGCUUUAUUGCUGAACACAGUUAAUAGAGGAACUGUGAAAAGAUGGUUGCAUGUCAUUUCUUUAAAGAUUGAAGAAGAUGCACAUAAGCAAAGAGUUGAUGCUAUCCAAGUGUCUCAAAUUUUAAAAUCUGCUGAAUAUUUGAUGGAAUCCCUUAUGAGUAUGAGACUUAACAUGCCUGCCCUAAUUUUGCAAGGCAUAUCUUUGACUUUACAAGUGUAUUCAUUGCCAGUUUGUUCUAGCAAAAAUUUGUUGCCAGAAUUUGCUAAACUAACAUUUUACUUAUCAGUAUACGUUAGCAAAGAAAUUGGAGGUCAACAUUUUGGAAACAGAAUGUGUGAGUCUUUUUCAGGAAGAACACAAUUUCAGAAUCCAAGAGAGUUUGAAAUGUGGAAUGAAAUGUUGUCACUACAAUGUUCAGCUGAAUUAAUGAAAAUCUGGGAAUCAGUUGUAGAAAAUGUGCUGCUUUCUCGGAUUAUAAAACUGGACUCAAUAGAUGACAAGAUUGAAAUAAUAGCAAAUUUCAAAGCUUUUAAAAAAAUGAAACCACUGUUUAAAGACUGCAUUACUGAGGAAUUAGAAAAAAGCUUCAAAAAGUUUAUUACUACCCCAGAAUGCUGCAUAAGUGAUCAGAGUAAGACUACAAUUGAGCAAUCAGAAAUUGGUUUGGCUAUUAUAAAAAAAUUAUUACCAAUAAAAUAUCCUGAUUUAAGUUUGAAUAUUGAAGCUAUUCUCAAUUGGGAUCUUUGGCCAACAUUGUUAAAAAUUCAAGUAAGACAUUCUAAAACAUCGAAUAGUGAUCAAGACAUCUGUCACAAAGCAUAUGUCAUUGUAGUUAACAUAUCUACCUGCAUCUUAGAUGGCUCAAUUACUGUCCACAAUCUUGAAAUGAUAAAAGAGAAACAAACCAGGAUGGAAAAGUUGUAUGGAGCAAUUUUCCAUGACAAAAAUUUGGGAACUAUGCCAGGCCGGUUCAAUGCAACUCUUUUAGGCCACUUGAAAAAGUACACAACAUAUGCUUCACAGCAUAAAAAUUUAUCAGUACUUGUUCAAAAUCUUCCAAGUGCAAAUAUAUAUGGGCUAGAGGAAUUAAAAAGAAAUCUAAAUUUAGACUUUUCUGAAAAACCCAUAUCAUCAAUUUGCUAUGAGAAAAAUGGUCAAAUAUUUGUUUUUGCUUUUCAGUCUGCUGCCCCUCUUUUCACUAUCCUUGAUAAAUUCACAAUUUUGUCUCUUAGCCAUCGAAGUAAUACAUUUCAAAAAUUUUGGAAUGAACAGAUAGAGCAAUGCCAUGGCACAGACUUACAGAUUGGUGAUGUUGUACAGUAUAUUUGGAAUCCUGUUUUUAAGCGUUGCUGUGAGCAUCUUGAGAGCUUAAAGGACAGAAGUGUCAAAUUGUCAAUAGUUGAUGUGCUGUUAGAUCAAUACUCAGAAGAAAAACUUCAAGCAGAAGUUAGCACUUUACAUAGAGGAAUAUGUGAAUGCAACGGAAGUGCAUGUACUAGUGAUCCCUUUUGGAUAAUAUACUGUGUUCAAAGAAUGCAACAAUAUCGCUUACUAUGUCAACAUGCAAGCACAGCUAAAGCCUUUCUGAAUUUAAAGGAUGCACUUACCUUAACUGGAGAUUUCAGAAUUAUUGAACAAUUAGCUGCACAGUUUGAAAAAUCAGUUUCUGAUCAGUGCCUACAAUUUGUUAAUGAAAGUUUAGUAGAAACAGGCAACUUUUUACAUGGGAUUAGUUCUGAUGAAAACAAAUUGUCCUGUUUAAAAAUUUUUGCUAACUGUCAAGAGCUAAUUAAAUGGAUCAAAAGAGAAACAAGAAGUGUACUCGAUCUGCAGCAAUUUAUCACCAUUGCUCUUACUACUGGUAGUGGUGGAGAGGAUGACUAUGCACAGGAUGCUCUUUCAAAUUUGCGCACAAUAGGCAAUGCAUUUGCUACAUUAAUUUACCACAUACCAAAAAGUACUGGCUAUAAAGAAUUGGAAGAAAAUUUUGUACAUGUAUGGGAAUCUCUUAAACAUGAUCCAACUCUUCCACAAAAAUUGAGUGAUUGUGGCAAACAAAUAGAAUGGUACAAAACAUUGGCACAGAAGAUGAAAGGUCCAAUGGAGGAGACUUAUAUUGGCCAAAUGAAAAAUAUAAAUAAAUAUGGCUGCUAUAUAGUUGGUUGUCAUGCUGAAAUGCCUUGUUCUAAACUUUCUGACAUAAUACAGAUGGACCUACAAAAAUGUCCUAUGACACUACCACAGCAGAAUUACACAAUAGAUGAGCUAAAACACUUGGAGAGCAAACUUGUUUUGAUAAUGGGGAACAAAUCAAAUGAUAAAGAACAAUUUGGAGAAGUACUUAACACUGUAUGCCACAUAGGAGAGUUACUCAUUCAGUUACAUCAGCAAAGUCAUUGUGAAUAUGUCGGAUGGGUGCAAUUUUUUUCUUGUAACCAUCCCAAUAUUAUGAAUAUACUGAUGACUGUUCGCAAAAAAAUGACAAAGGAUCUAGAAAAUUGGCAAAAAAUGGUAAACAAAACAAGACAAAAAUAUUAUUGCUUGAGCUACUACACUACUCAGCAGUUGCUAUUGCUACAAAAGGAAUUAUGUUGCAUUGUCAAACCUAGUGAUGUACAAGCUGGAGUUUUGAGUUUAUUACAGUCAUUGUCACAGAAUGUCACUGCUGAGCAAGUAGUGUCUCUAAUUCAACAAGUUAAUAAUGAUAGCAAUGAGGAUGAAGAUGAAGUUGAUGGACAAAAUAAACAUGCUGCCUCACUGCAAAAUGAUUGUCACAUCAAGGAAAUGAGUUCAAAAGAGUAUAUAGCUGAUGAAUUAACAAUUCUUCCAUCUAUUCCACCAUCUGAAUUAGGAGAAAAUUGUAAUUUGACAUCUAAACAACAUAAAAUACUAGAAAACUUAAUACAAGCAUUUGAUUUUCCACGAAAACUAAUUCUUUUAGCUUUUGAAAAGGCUCCAAAUCCAGAUAUAGAAGAAAGUGUUGAGUUGUGGUGUUUUGAUAAUGUUCAGAUUGAACAGAAAAUUAAUGCAACAGCUAUUGAAGAGCCAGUAUUGAAUAAUUAUGAUGGAUCUCAUUCAAUUGAGCAGCAAGCACAUUCCCCUUCUAGUGAACCUAUGUUAAUGAAAAAAAAUCAUUCAGUAGUUCAAAAUGUAGUACCAGCACUAUUUGAACACUCAUCACAAAUACCUUUGGAAGCAGCAGAAAAGCAUCCUGAUGAUGAUGAUUUGAUAACAGCAAGUUUAUUUUCAGAUGCCAUUAAACAGCAGUCAACUUCUACUUCUAGUGAAUGUGAUGUCAUUGGCACUGAUAUUUCAACUUCUCAUAAUAAUUCUGAAACUUCAUUUUCACUUAAAAAACUUGCAAAAUUGUUAAGCAAACUUAACGACAUGGGCCCUAUUACAAAAGAACGAAAAUUUCCAAAGUUUUUGAAGCAAGGAGAACCAAAUUUAGUGGUCGCUUCUCCAGAUGGAGUUUUAAAAGUUAUUCUCUCUUUGUACAUGGAAAAUAUGGACCUUCCAUUGCCACUAUAUGAAGAAAUCCUUAUUUGUAAUGAUAAUACAACAAUUGAAGAAAUUCAUCUUUUAUUUCAAAGAGCUUUGGGGGACCCUAAUCACUUUAGAAUAUUCUGUUUAGCACAUGCUGAACUAUUAUCUUACCAAGUCUGUGAUGAAGCACUAAAAUUAUUAUUUCAAUGUACUCAAGGAAAAAAUGACUAUAAAUUAGUUAUUGUAUGCACUAAUAAAAAUUUGGAUAAAUCGCACAUAGUUUCAAGGCUUCAAAUUUACAAUCGACCUUACGGUAAUGUCAUAUACACAGAUGAAAUUUUUUCUCAAUACUUGAUGAAUCAUUUUGUUUGCCAGCCUGGAGUAAAAGUACAGGCAUCUAACAUUGACCCAGAUAAAUCUUAUGUAAGAUUGGUAACUUCAGAAAGACCAGGAAUGGGUAAAACAUUAUGCAUUAAGAAAAUGAUACAAAGAAACUGGUUACAACAUGCUGUCCUGCCAAUACAUGGACCAAAUGUUACUAAUGAUGACAUUUUCAAAGGAUUAUUUAGCGUUAAUCAAAAUAAAAUUGAAGCCACAAUAUUUCAUAUUGAUAUUUCAGCCAAUGUUUUAAGAGAACUUGAUUCUAUACUUUUUUCUCUACUUAUUCUUCGAGCUUUCAAGGACAGUCGAGGUAGAGUAUGGAGGUGUCAUCAAGUUUACUAUUAUAUACUUGAAGCUACCAUAUUGAAGGAUCAAAGGCCCUUUCUGUUAAGUACUAUUGCUCUGCUUGAUUUGCUGCCAAAAAUAACAUGCAUGUCACCAAAAUGUGUUCUAAAUAUGCUAGAAAAUGAUAAAAGAGAUUCUGUUCGAGAAAUCGUAAAUAUUGAUGAGAUUAAAUCAGAAAAGUUUAAAUUUGUUCAUAAUUACUUAGUGAAAAUAGAUAAGUCUAAAUCCUCUGAUAGUGAUAAACAAAAGGUAGUUCAAGUCAGACGUUUGCAAGUAUUGUUAAAAUAUUGUGGAGUGAAGGAUCCAUCUUGGUCUGAAUUAAAUCACUUCGUAACUUUUUUGAGCAUGCAGUUGAAACCAUGUGAAGAAUCAGUAUUUUGCAAUACAAAAUUAGCUGGAAAUAUUUUUUCUGGAUUAAAGACAUUUUCAGUGAAGUUUAUGAUAAGAAUGUCCAAAGACUUUGCUACUUCUUCUUUAAAAGGAGAAGUUGAUAUUGAAAAUCAAGGCUCAGCUGCAUAUGAUAAAAUAAGAAAUUUCCAAAUUGAUGACAGUAAAGUAUGGGAGAGGAAUAAUCAUUCAUACCUCUUUUUCAAUAAGGAUGGGCACAGUAUUACUUUUGUUGGAUUUAAUGUCAGUAGUAAUGGCGAUCUACUGGAUCCUGUAACAAAAAAAGUCAUUGAACCCAAGAUAAUGACACCUCAGCUAUAUGAAGGUCUAACAAGAAAUGGGGUGGACUUCUCCAAAAAUUAUGAUAAUUGGAUUCAAAAACUUGCAGCAGUAAUGGGAUUAGAAGGACACAUUGACCCUGACCCAACUUAUGUUCUUACUAUUGAUAAUGUUAUAAAAAUGAUGGCAAUUUAUAUGAAAUUCAGGUGUAAUAUACCUGUCAUACUAAUGGGAGAAACAGGCUGUGGAAAGACAAGACUAAUUAGAUACAUGUGUGAUCUAAUUGCUCAAAAUUAUAGCAAAAGAACAAAAAAUGUAAAAAAUAUGCUUAUAAUGAAGAUGCAUGGAGGAAUUUCAAAAGCUGAUGUUGCUAAGCAAGUCAUGGAAGCUGAAGAACUUGCAAAGACAAAUAUAAAUCUUGAUACAAUAUUGUUUUUUGAUGAAGCUAACACAAGUGAUGCAGUUGGGUUAAUUAAAGAAGUAAUGUGUGAUAGACGUGUGAAUGGAAGACCUAUUAAAAAUGAUGUUAAAUUUAUUGCUGCCUGUAACCCAUACAGAAAGCAUAAUGAAGAAAUGAUCUAUAAACUGGAAUCAGCUGGCUUAGGCUUUUAUGUAAAGGCCAAUGAAACCAGUCAAAAACUGGGUAACAUCCCACUGAGACAACUGGUGUAUAGAGUCUUAGAUUUACCUCCUAGUAUGAGACCAUUUGUAUAUGAUUUUGGGCAGUUAAGCAUUGAAAAUGAGGAAAAAUAUAUAGAGCAGAUUGUUUCAGAACAAUGUCAAGAAAUACCUCAAGUUAAAGGAAAAUUUGUGAAGUCUAUAACUAAUGUUGUGGCUUGGUCUCAGCAAUAUAUGAAAGGAAAAAAAGAUGAAUGUAGCUUUGUAAGUUUAAGAGAUGUUCAUCGGGCAAUGCUAGUUUUUAAAUACUUUGUUCAAAAAAGCACUCUUUUUUAUAGUAAAGUUGAUGAAAAGGCUAGAGCUGAGGGAAAGCAACCACUUGACUGCAUUACUCGUUCCCUUGUACUAGCAGUAAGUGUCUGCUAUCUUUCUAAACUGCAGGACAGAAUGAAAUAUGAAACUGGCGUUAUUCGUCAAUUUACUGAUCCACUAAAACUUGGAGGAAAAAAGCAAUUUUUUAAUGAGAUCAAAUGGUGUCAGGAUGUGUUGCUUGAUAAUAUGAAGUUGGGUCCAAACAUUGCUAGAAAUGCUGCAUUGAAAGAGAAUAUUUUUAUGAUGGUUAUUUGUAUCGAGUUGAGGAUUCCUUUGUUUCUUAUUGGUAAACCCGGCAGUUCAAAAUCCCUUGCAAAGUCUAUCAUUGCUUCAUCAAUGCUGGGAAAAUCUUCUGAAAGUGACUUAAUGAGAGAAAUGAAAGAGAUCCAACUUUUUUCCUACCAGUGUAGUCAGUUGUCAACUUCAGAAAGUGUUGUUGAAGUAUUUAAUGCUGCAAAAAGUUUUCAAAACAAACAAGAUGUAAAUAAUUUUGUAUCCAUUGUAGUACUGGAUGAAGUUGGUUUAGCUGAAGAUUCUCCUAAUCUUCCAUUAAAAACUCUCCACCCACUACUUGAAGAUGGAACAGAAGGAGCUAAUGGCUUAGGGCAGGUCAUAGCACAUGAGCAACGUGCUGCUUUUAUUGGUAUAUCAAACUGGGCUCUAGAUCCUGCUAAAAUGAACAGAGGUGUCAUGGUAACUAGAGGAGAUCCUGAUGAAGCAGAACUGGAGCUCACUGCAAGAGGAAUAUGCUCAAAUUCCCCUAAUGAUCCUGUGAGGGACAGAUUAAAUCCUUACUUCAAACCUCUAUCUGCAGCUUACAAAGAAAUUUGUGAUGAACAAGAGAAAAAUGGAAGAUUAUUUUUUGGUCUUAGAGAUUUCUACAGUCUUAUAAAAAUGUUGUACUGGAUGUGCAAGCACACAGGAAUGCAAUUAACUGGCCCUCAAUUACAGCAUGCUAUUAAAAGAAACUUUGGAGGACUUGAUCUUAAAGAAGUUGACAUUGAAAAAAUAUUUAAAAAUCACAUAAAAGAAUUGGAACAUGUACCUGAUUUAAAUCAUAUAAAAGAUGAAGAGCUGUACAAGUUUCUUAUUCCUGAUUGCUCUCCUCUUGGUUUGAUUAGAAGCAGCUUACAAACUAAAGAUAAAUCUUGGCAUGGUGAAAACCGCUACUUGCUGUUCUUGACUGAAAACUAUGCAGCUCUACAGGUUCUAAAGCACUAUCUUUAUAAAGAAGUAGGAAUACAACAAGAUAGCAAUGCAACUGGGAGUGAUGAUUCAGAAACCAACCAGCAGGCCCUACACCAAACAGAACCUUUCUUUCUCUUUGGUAGUUCAUUUCCCAAGGAUAGAGAGUUUACACAAGUGUGUCGUAAUAUUAAUAAGAUUAAGAUUUGUAUGGAAACUGGCCGUACUGUGAUUCUUUUGAAUCUGGAUAACUUAUAUGAAAGUUUAUAUGACUUAUUAAACCAAUAUUAUAUACAUUUUGGCAGCCAAAAGUAUGUUGAUCUUGGAUUGCAGACUCACAGAGUGAAAUGUCGUGUUCACAAUGAUUUCAAAUUAAUUUUGGUAGCAGAAAAAAGGACUGUAUACAAAAAAUUUCCUAUUCCGCUUAUCAAUAGACUUGAGAAGCACUUUGUACUAGCAGAAACUGUUCUAUUAGAUUGGCAAAAAGAAGUUUUCAGAGAACUCAUAAACUGGAUUGGGGACUUUAUUAAUGUCCAAAAUAAAAAUGAGUUUUCUGUUGAAGAUGCUUUUGUAGGAUACAAAAAUGAUACUCCAGCUUCAGUAGUGUUUCAAGCAACUCAGCAAUUACAGCAAAGUUGGGGAUGGCCUGAGCAGAGGCAUGACUCUGAAGAAUGGAAGAAAGCUGUACUUGCACGUAGCAAGAAGAUUCUAUUACAAAUGGCUUCACCAGAUGCUCUAAUUCGAUUAAAGUUUACCAAUUUAAAUGAAAAGAGAGACAAAUUGCUCAAGAUUUAUUACUCAGAUCAGCAUCACAGAAAUAUAAUAGAAUUGUUAAAUAACAAUAUCAAGAAAAAUCAAAAAGGUGGUAGAUCUAUUGGUCUCAUGAUGCAAAUAACUACACACUGUCAUCUUCUGUCUAGUCUGGAAAUAGAAGACUUGUCUCAUAAUCUUGGCAAAGAAAUUAAUUGUUUUUUAUUACAAGAAUUUGACACAGAAAUUGAUUUCACUUCUAAAAUUAGGCCACUUUUUUCUAAGGACAAAGAGACUUUGUUGAUUAUUCAGUGUGAUUCAGGCCACAUAUAUGGUGAUUUGAUUGCUUACGCUCGAUAUCGUAUUGAAGAUGAAAAGCAAAAAAUUACAUUAAAGCAAAACCCUAUUCAUGUUCUAUUUAUAAUAAAUCUUCCACAUCAAGCUGAAAAAGAGCGUAGUUCAUCUUUUGUUAGGUUUCAUGAUGGUGUUUGGGUCUCUGUUCAUAUUGAUAAUAUUAGAAUUUCAUCUGAAUCAGAUCUUACACUAGAAGAUGCUCAAAGUACUCCAAUCAGCCAGCUCUUUUACAGUGAACCUAAGGUUGUCAGUGAUACCUGCGAAACCCAGCCACCACAAGAAAAAGAUGAGAUGGAUAAUGAUGUCAUGGAAGAAGUUAAUCCUCCCAUAGCUAAAGUUAAAAAAAAUCAUUGUCAGUGCCUUCGUCUUUAUUACUGUAUUCAAACGGCUCUAGCUAAGCUGACAGAAAAUUAUGAGGAAUAUGAACAGUCCAUAAUUUCAAGAGUAAAAAUACUCUCAAGUAUUAUCCCACAAAAACCUGAUUUUCCUCUAGAUUUUACUACAUUUUACGGAGCACUAGUAAAGCACAUAAAAAUUUUGCUGCAACAAAGAGAAUCUUAUUUAUUUGAGAAGGAAUGGAUACUAGAUGAAGCAAUAAAUACUAAAAAACUACAAGAUGGUGGAACAUUUCAAAAUUCUCUUAUUAGAAGGAUUGAUGAAGUCAUUGUACCACUGUUUUCUCAUAUUAUUUUUUUCAUUGAUCAGUAUGCUAAUUUAAGCUUCUUGAAAGAAGAAAGGAACAAAGAUUACCUACAACAACUUUGGCUAUUAAUUUUUAGCAAUCAGGAUUUAGUUCAUUUUAACUAUCAAAACUAUGUAUUAAAUGGACAUACUGUUAAUCAAGAUCCUCUAGCAUCAGAAUUAAAGUUUGAUUGUCAAUUUCCUUUCUUUUGGCUAUUUAAAAAUGCAUUUAUUUCAAUGCUGGAAAUUGUUCCAGGAAAUAAGCGAAAUGUAAUUCAUGACUACUUGUGUAAUGCUUUAUCUGACAGUGCUAUAGCUAUCAUUUUAAACAAAGUACCAGAGGAAUAUUUGAAACAUCUAAGUAAACGGUAUCUUGGAGACAUAAUCAGAAGUACUCAUCACAUAACUCAUCAUUUACCAAAAAAAGAAUAUGAGAUACUCGAAGAAGCUCUUUAUUCCAUUAUCAGUGGUCCAGGAUUCAAUCAUAAGUCAUUUCUUUCUUAUUUAGCAGCAGUUCAUGUUAUUUAUCAUGAAUAUCGACAAGAAAUAAUGUGGCUUGGUCAAUUGACUACACUCAAACCUGGAAUAUUAUGCCAAGUGCCUCAAAUAGGACAUAAUCAAGAGCAUUUUGAGCUUCCAUUGUUAAUAGUUAAAAGUGCCAUUGGUGUGGAUGGUUUGGCGCUUCCAAUUGAUGCCAUAGGAAGAUGCUAUGUUCCUGAUCGAUUAUUAAAACUUCAACAAUGUCAAAAUAUAAUUGAUGCUAUUUUGAACCUUGCAUCAUAUCAUGAACUAGCUCAUGACAUAAGGCUUGAAUGGCAAAGAGUGAGAGUAGUUCAACUAUUCAUAGAACAUGUAGCAAUGAAAUGUUCAGUAAAUGAUGAACAAUUUACUAAGUUUGUUCAAUAUGCAAAAAGAAUUGAUAGAAUGAUUGAAAAACAAAAAGAUUUUACUAAAAAAAAAACACUUCUGAAAAUACAAGAAGGCCUGAAACUUUUGGAAAAAAAUUCUGAACAUAAAAUGCAGAAACAGAUCUGUCAUUGCUCUAAUUCUUUUUUCAUGGAAGUUGUGUCCUCUUUGUGUUUUGGCCAACCUAGUCCUCCCGAAACAGAACUUAUUCAAGAAUUGUUAAAUAUUGUGCUCGCCAAAGAAGAAAAGAUGACCAAAGAGUUCAGUUUUUCUGGAAAAAUUACAGACAAAAUUCCUGUACUGCGUUCAUUUUUGUUACAACUCUUGCUGGAACACAGCACUGAAAUGGUUAAGAUUCAUUUGAAGGAAUAUUUUUCCAGAGCACAGCAACUUUUUCAAAAUGAUAGCAAUUUUUACUUAUUAUAUAUUCAGUGUUUAGAGGAUGCCAUUUACAAGAAGCACAAUCAGAUGUCAUUAGCAGAUAAAAUUGAACAAUGUGUCAAAAUUUUUAGUGAUGGAAAGAUAUUAAGAAAGCAUGCUGUUCCUUCAGGCUAUGAAAAUGAGAUCACUUUAGAAUUUUUGGAAGAAGUGGCUACUUUAAGAUAUUCCUUUACUAUUGUAGCUGAAUUAAUAUAUUAUCAGCAUCAUCAUGAAAAAAGGAGCCAAACAAAUGCAUUGCAUCAACUUUUGGACAUGAUUAAAAAAUUUUGCUUUAAUGCUACUGAUGUUUAUGGUUCCAGCAUUUUUCUAGCAAAACUUUUAGUAAGAAAUUAUGGUUUCUCUUUCCUUUACAACUUGACUGAAGAUCACAACAUGCAGUGGGUUAUACCUAAAACUUUACAAGGUCAAGGUUGCAAAAAUAGUGAUCCAUUCAUCAUUUAUAAAGGAUAUUCUCAAUUCAAAGCAGUACUUCUUGAUGUAAAAUAUAGAAAUCAGUUUACUGAAUUGGAGAUGCAUAUUAAACAUCUUCAAAGUAGCGACAUAAACUUACUGCUUUUUGGAAUAUAUGAAGUUGUGACUGGAAGUGCAGCAUUCAAAGUAGACAAAGAUUGUGAUGGUAACAAUGAUGAAGCUAUAACAAAAAUAUUAACAGCAGUUAGAAAUUGUAAAAAAAUCAAUAAAGAACUAAUAGCGGUGGCUCAAGACCUAUUAAGUAAUUCAUACUGUGGGAGACUAGAGCAUAUGGUCAUUAGACCAGGAAUGAACCCACAGAAUAGAUUACUGACUGAUCUAGUUGUGCAUGUUGCUGUUGUAAUGCAGCAUAAUAGCUUAUCAAAAAUAUUAGGUCCAUUUAUUCAAAUGAUUAAUGAUCCUGAAAAACUUAAGGCAACCUACUUACCUACAAUGCCUGAAGAUUCACUUCCCUAUGUCAGAGCUGCUAUGAGUGAGCAUUCAGGCAAAUUCUAUAAAUGUCAGAAUGGUCAUCCAUACUUCAUAGGUGAUUGUGGUAGACCAUGGACAAGGAGUACUUGCCCUGUGUGCCAGUCACCAAUUGGUGGUCAGUUGCACAAAGCUGAUAAGGGGAAUGAGCUGGCAAAAACUAAUGAUAAAACUGAAACUGGAUAUGCUCUUGGUCAACCAAAUCAAAGAGAAGCAAUCCCAUCAGCUGAAAGAUCUCUAUCACCUUCAGCUUGUGCCAUUAUGAGAGCAUUAAUGCAUUGCUCUUUAUUAUGGAUCUCAUGCACAAAAGAAGAUAAAAUUCAAGGUCUUUUGAAUAUAAUCAAAACAGAUGUUAAACCAAGAGAAGUAUCAUCAUUUUUUUGGCAACAUUUGCAGCAUGACAUUAACAUGUUGAGUACAGCUAUAGGAAAGAGCCAAGAUGAUGCAUGCCUUUUGGUGCAUCUCAUUUUAGAACAAAUCAACAGUAAAAAUGAUGUUAAAUGUACUAUAACUAAGCUUGAGACUAAAGAGAAAAGACAAAAAUGGGAAAAAAGCUUUUCUGAGUCAUUCAUUCAUCCAGUUUUAAUAAAUUUAGAUGCAAAAUUGAAUGAGGCUGUGACAUUACAACUAAAUGACAAAAGCAUAGAAAAUGAUCAACUUUUAUAUGCUGUAUAUGAAAAGAUGAAAAUAUAUCCAACAGAAAUUACACCUCAUUUGUGGAGUUAUAGACCAUACAUCACACUCGAAAAUUUGCUGCAGCUAUUGCAAACACAGAAAGAAAUUUGUCCAAUAUUACAUGAGUUUUUAGUACAGGAACCACUUUUAAGAGCUACUCAAUAUCUUCCUAAUAUUUUGAAAUUGCAGCAUGAAAUGUACCAGUUAUGUCACAGGAAGUAUGACAAAAAGGAAAUUGCAGCAUUGACAAUUGGAAGCUACAUUGCAAUUUUAAGGAACAGAGAUAGUUCGCCAAAACUUGUUGCAGACUUUAAUAAGAAGUUGAAUUCCUUAAGAAAAGUUUGGACAUUGGUCAAGGGAAAACUUAAGGACUAUGCUCGUGUUAUGGUUGAUCCAAACCUUAUUGAAAUUGUUACUUGGGAUGAGAGUACUCCUCUAACUUGUCUUAUACCUACUUUAACUGGACAAGGAGCUUGCACUACAGCACUAGUGGAUCUAAUGGUCAGAGUACACAAUGAAUUCAUAGAAAAAUGUCAUAAGGAGCUGACAAAAAAAGAUAUUUAUUGGAGGAAGUACAAGGUCCCUGUUAGUCAUGUUCAGUGUUGUCAUCUACUGGACUAUGAGAAGCAAUUAACUUCAAUCGUUCUUUCACACUGCCAAUACUCUCUUGAAUUUGGAAAAGGACAAAAAAUUAAUUAUGAUCUUCCAGCACUAGAAAAGCACCUUGUGGAUCGUUUUAUACAUGGGAAACCCUAUAUACAAUUGGAACUACUUCAAGUUAUGUACAGAAAAGAAGUUUAUAAUGCUGAAACUUUCCAUCAGUUAAGAAAGAAUGUACAGCCACAGAUAAAAUUAACUGAAAAGCAGCAGAAUGACAUAAUAAAGGAACUACAAAGCAUCAACCAUUUAAGAGAAUGUCUUGAUGUUGUUGAGAUUGUAAUUGGCUUCCUUUCCUCACAAAAGAAUAGUGCAAAAACUAAACUGAGAUCUUACAUUAGUGGAGUAGAUCUAAUGAGAAUGAAGAAAAAAUUUAGUGAAAAAGCACUAGAAUAUUGUACAUUAGGUCACAUCUUAUCAUUGUGGGAAAUAAUCUCAGUAGAAAUAGCUAAACGUCAUACACUUCGAAAACAAGAACCAUUUGAUGAUCUUAGUGAUGUAUUACUGACUAAUCUCCAAGAUGAUCAAAUAAAGGAGUUGGAGUCUUAUUUGAAAGGAAUAGAACUAGCACCUUUCCUGAAUUUUUUUUAUGAGUUUAUUGAAACAGUUGUACGUCAUUCAGAAGCUCAAAACACCACAGAAUGGCCGUUGAAGGAUACUUUGUAUGCACGAUUAGAGCAAAUUGAAUUAGAUGGCAUGCUUCCUCAUAACUUCACAGAUAAAUUUCCAGCUUCUAUUACUGUGAGGCAGUCUGUGGCAACAUGGAAGACCAUUGUAUUUUAUCAGCAUAGAUCUAUGCAUCUUAUUUAAGUUUAGUUGUAGUUAAAUCUAACAUGAUUGUAGUUAAAGUAGAUUAGUCUAAGAGAUUCUAUACAUUUAGUAUUUUUGUUUGCAUAGUAUAUAACUGAGCAGGCAUAUUUAAAUGCUGUCAAUAGAUUUAUCUUAGUUUAACUUUUAUAGUAUGGUUGAUUAUUUCUUUUAAAAAGUA